UGCGUCGACUCUGUCAUCUCUAGAAAGACACGUAAAGCAACAAAAAUACCCCAAAUCAUUCAGUGGGAAAACAAGUAAAUUUAAUGAAUUAAGUACAAACAAGGAGAGUUUGCAAGCAACACACAAUGGACGCUGGCACGUGGUACCGUUCCCUGCCUCGCUUCACCCGCUACUGGCUCACGGCCACCGUUGGUCUGAGCCUGCUCUGCCGCUUUGACAUCAUUCCCCUCCAUUGGCUCCAUCUGGACAGAUCCGCCGUCUUUGGGAAGCUGCAGCUUUGGCGCUGCGUGACGUCACUGUUCGUGUUCCCGAUCUCGCCGAGCACGGCCUUCCACUUCCUCAUCAACUGCUUCUUCAUCGUGCAGUACAGCUCCAAGCUGGAGAAGGAUCAGUAUGGGCGAAGUCCGUCUGACUAUUUGUAUUUGCUGAUUGUGUCGGCGGUGCUGGCGAACAUUGGCGGAAUGCUGUUCAGCGUGUACUUCCUCAUGGACAUGUAUGUACUGGCGAUCACGUAUAUCUGGUGCCAGCUGAACAAGGACGUCACAGUGUCCUUUUGGUUUGGCACGCGCUUCAAGGCCAUGUACCUGCCAUGGGUGCUGGCCGCCUUUGAGUUCAUUUUUCACUUUUCCCUCGCCCCGCUGGUGGGCAUAUUCAAUGGCCAUGUGUACUACUUUUUCAAGUUCCAGUACUCACAGGAUCUGGGCGGCACCGCCCUGCUGGAAACUCCGCAGUUUUUGAAGCGACUUGUGCCAGACAUAUCAGGCGGAUUCGGAGGCUUUGGAGUGCCGCCAGAGAGCCGAGCACCGCCGCGACAGGCACCCGAGAAUCCCUGGGGCAGGGGCAUGACCUUGGGCCGGAACUGAUCGCCCUACCUACCUAAAUCCUAGAAUAAUUCACGUUUUUUACGGUUUGGUUUCCCUCAUUUUGCGUGACCAAGCUCCUUAUAUACACACUCAGAUCCUCUGGCAACAGCAAUAAGUUAACAAGUGUUUACUAACGAUGAAAUUAUAUUGAUAUAUGUUUGUACAUAUAGAAAACCAUAAAGGAGUAAUGACAACGAA